AUGGCCAUUUACUCACUUUUCCUCUGCAUCUCUGUCUUUGGGGCGUCUAGCCCAUGUUUCGAUAAUCAGCAGUCCUUGUUGCUGCAAUUGAAGAACAAUUUUACAUUCGAUCCUUCUUGGUCCACAAAACUUGUUAACUGGAAUCAAAGUGCUGAUUGUUGCUCUUGGGAAGGCGUAACCUGCAACGAGGGGCAUGUUAUUGGUCUCGACCUGACCAAUGAGUCCAUUACGGGUGGAUUUGACAAUUCAAGCAGCCUCUUCAGUCUUCAGCAUCUCCGGAGCCUGAGUUUGGCUUAUAACCACUUCAACAAUUCUCAAGAGAUUCCAUCAGAGUUUGACAAGCUAACGAAUUUGAGUUAUUUGAAUCUAUCAAAUGCUGGCUUUGCAGGGCAGAUUCCUAUUGCGAUUUCGCAUUUGACAAGGUUGGUUACUCUUGAUUUAUCUAUCAACAAUGGCCUUUAUCUUGAGAAACCAAAUUUAAAUAUGCUUCUUCGGAACCUUUCGGAGCUUAUCGAACUUUAUCUUGAUGGUGUAGCUAUAUCAGCACAAGGUAACAAGUGGUGUCAGGUCUUAUCAUCUUCAUUGCCAAAUUUGAGAGUGUUGAGCUUGUCAAACUGCAAUCUUCCAGGCCCUAUUGAUUCAUCUUUACGAAAUCUUAAGUCCCUCUCAAUUAUUCGUUUGAAUGGUAACGACUUUUCUUCUCCAGUUCCAGAAUUUUUAGCAGAUUUCAAAAACUUGACAUCUUUGGAAGUCUCCUCUUCUGGGUUGAAUGGAAAAUUUCCAAAAAAAAUCUUCCAGAUUCCAACACUACAGACGCUUGACUUAUCAUACAAUGACUUGCAAGGUUCUUUGCCACAUUCUAUUGGCAACCUUAAAAUGUUGUCAACAAUAGAUCUUUCAAAUUGCAAUUUCAGAGGAUCAAUUCCAGAUUCGAUGGCGAGCCUUACACAGUUGGUCUAUUUAGACAUGUCAUUGAACAUGUUUAGUGGAUCAAUUCCAGUAUUUAGCAUGGCCAAGAAUCUGACCCACCUAUACCUUUCUUCCAAUAAUCUAACUGGUCAGAUUACUUCCACUCAAUGGGCAGAACUUUUGAAUCUAGAGAUUCUUGAUUUAAGUGACAAUUCACUGAAUGGGGAUAUUCCAAUUUCACUCUUUCCCCUUCCAUCGUUGCAGGUAUUACAACUUUCCCAUAACCAAUUUUCUGGUCAACUCAAAGAAUUUUCUAACAUUUCUUCUUACUUGCUACAUGAGCUUGAUUUGAGCAAUAACAACUUGGAAGGUCCAAUACCCAUGUCUAUCUUUGAACUUCGAGGUCUUGGAAUCCUUUCACUUUCUUCAAACAACUUUGACGGCUCCAAUUUGUUGAUUGAAUAUAGUGAUUUAUGGAGAGAUGCCCAAUUGGAUCUGGAAACUUCCUCAACUUAG